AUGAGUGAAUUCGACAUCGAAUAUGUCCCUAGAAGCUCCAUUAAGGGACAGAUACUAGCAAACUUCAUCGCAGAGUUUACUAGCUUACAGGAAGAGGUUCAUAAUGCACCUCCCAAGACACCCUGGCAAAUCUUCGUUGAUGGCUCAUCUGAUUCAGCAGAUACCAAGAGCCAAGAACCAAAAGGCCAAGAACUGGCACGAGUUGUGUCUGGGCAGGAGGACUUGCCCUUACCUAAGCAAGUUGUCAUCAGCAUAGUAGGGAUGUCCGUGAUAGGGGAUGAGAUCUCGGAGGUUAGGCCAAUGGCUCCAAAAUGGGCUACGGACAUAAUCAAGUAUCUCGAUACCAACGAGUUACCCGAUGACAAGUGGCAAGCGAGGAAAAUCAAGAAUAAGGUGGAUCGCUUCAUCUUGACAAACGGGACUCUGUACAAACGGGGUUACUCCAUGCCCCUCUUGAGAUUUGACAUCCCUCGUUUUAUCAUAUCAGACAAUGGGAGGUUGUUUGACUCGGACCAUUACCGUGACUGGUGCAGGGAUUCGGGAAUCAAGUUUAGGUAUUCUUCCCCGGGACACCCACAGUCCAAUGGGCAAGUCGAGGUGAUCAACAAGACUUUACUCGGGAUCCUUAAGAAGAGGCUUGAGUAUAAGAAGGGGACAUGGGCAGAAGAACUUCCAGGAGUGUUGUGGGUGUACCGGACUACGAUCAAAACACCGAUGGGCAAAACCCCUUUCACGCUCACCUACGGACAUGAGGCAGUAGCACCCGUUGAAGUAGGAAUGCCUACCUACAGGAUUCAACACUUCGAUCAAGACUCCAACAGUGCAAGACUGGAGGAGGAGCUCGACUUGUUGGAAGAAAGAAGGUUAAAAGUAGAAGUAAGGAAAAUGAUCAAUAAAAGAAGGGCAGAGCGUUUAUUCAACCAGCUGAGCUCCUUUAAAGUCGGGGAACUAGUGCUAAGGCAAGUUGGGAUAACCACCGAGAUGAAGGGAAGUUGGAACCAAGGUGGGAGGGACCCUAUGUGGUCACAACCAAAAAUCGCCAAGGCUCGUAUAGACUAA